UGGAAAAACCGCGUCGUCUCCUUCCUCCCCUCCUCUCGCGCGCCGCUGCGCUCUCCUCCUCUUCCACCCGCAGCUUAUUCUGCUGCGCCCGCCCAGGCGACCUCGCCGCCGGCGUCUCGGGGACGCUACAAGCCCCCGUAUCGCGUCGAGUGCCGUAUCCCUCCUCCUCUUCCCCGCCGCCGCCGGUUCCUCUUCUUGACCUCGCAGGUUCUUUCUGCGCAAGGUGCCCGAACCCUGCCGGAAUGUUGAAGACUGCUUUAGUGAGAUUGUUGCGAGAUGGGGGUCUCCGGCAAUCAUCCCAAGUACUGCCGGCUGGGUAUUCUGAAGCGGUUGUCCCUUUGAUUCGGAGGUUUUGCUCGCUGCCCAUUGCGAGCCUCACCUGCAGCAAAGUUGAUGGAGCAUCCUCGUAUCAGGAUGCUGCUGAUCAGCCCCACAACAACUCUGAUCAUGGCAGUGAGCCGAGUCAUGCCACCAAUGCAGCGAGGAAACAGGUCAAGAAUCAUACACUGAAGAAGAAAUAUGGACCUUCUAAGAGGGGCCGCCGUGGAAAGAAAUUGCCAGGCAGGGAUGGACCUUCUCAGGAGAACCACCACCAUGAAAUGAGAUUGCCAAGCAGGGAUGGACCUUUUCAGGAGAACCGCCAUCAUCAAAUGAGAUGGCGAGGCAGGGAUGGACCUUCUCAGAAGGGCCACCAUCAUGAAAAUAAAUUGCCAGACACUACCUUCCAGCCUUAUCUGUUCCAGAUUGUAUUGGAUACUCCUACGAGUCUUCUUAUGGCUGUACUUGACACAUGGGUGAAAGCCGGUAACUGUCUGGAAAGAAGCAAAGUCUCGAUGGUUUUGUUCCAUCUGAGGAAGCAGAGGCUGUAUAGCAAGGCUCUGAAGUUCAUGGAUUGGAUCGAAAGAAGAAAACUACUAGAUUUUGAAGAAUGUGAUUAUGCUAGCCAUCUUGAUUUGAUAGCACGGAACCAUGGUUUUGAAGCUGCUCAAAAGUACAUCGAGAGGGUUCCGGAACCCUUUAGGAAUGAGGUGCUCUAUGAAACUCUACUUGUUAACUGUGUGUGUCAGGAUGAUGUCCAGAAGGCACAGCAAGUCUUCAAUGAAAUAAGGGAACUCUCUUUACCUUUAACUGUCUCUGCUUGCAACCAAAUGAUAUUGCUGUACAAGAGGGUUGCUCGUGGUAAGGUAGCUGACAUUCUCAUGUUGAUGGAAAAGGAAAAUAUAAAGUUUUCUCGCUUUACAUACAAGCUCCUGAUUGACUUGAAAGGGCAGUCAAAUGACAUAUUAGGCAUGGAGUCAGUCUUAAAUACGAUGAAGGACAAUGGUCUUGAGCCAGAUUUUGCCACCCAGACUAUGGUUGCUAAAUUCUACAUAUCUGGGGGGCUCACGGAGAAAGCAGAAGAGGUUAUCAGGGCUAUGGAAGUAUAUGUAAAGGAUAAUCGCGAGGCCACCAGGUCUCUUCUUGACCUCUAUGCUAUUCUUGGCAGGCCAGAUGAUGUACAGAGAAUAUGGAAUUCAUACACCACACCGAAGUUGGAGGACUUCUUGGCUGCUAUUGAGGCAUGGAGUAAACUUGGACGGAUCGAACAAGCGGAGGAGACUUUUGAAGCGCUGGUAAAGACAUCACCGAAACUCACUUCCAAGUACUUCAAUGCGAUGCUGAACGUGUAUGCAGAACAUAAACUUCUGUCCAAGGGCAAAGAGUUUAUAGAAUGGAUGUUUCUCGAAGGGUGUCCAAGCAGCCCUCUAACCUGGGAUGCAAUUGUUAAGCUCUAUGCGAAUUCAGGUGAGUUAGCGAAAGCCGACUCAUUUCUGGUGAAUGUGACAGAAGAGAAUCCUGACAGACAUCCCCUUUUCCGCUCGUACAUAACCUUACUGAGUGCCUAUGCAAAAAAGGGCGACAUACAUAACUCCGAGAAGAUAUUUGAUAGGCUAAAGCAGAUCAGGUACCCAGGGAGGACUCCGCCUUAUAAUUUGUUACUUGCAGCCUAUGCCAGCGCUAAGGUUACACCGUACGGGUUCAGAGAAAGGAUGAAAGCUGACAAUGUGCGCCCGACCAAGACUGAUAUAGAAUGUUUGAGGCGUCUCGAUAACUUGCAAAUAACAAGAUUAUUAGAGUGAUUUUUUUCUUUUUCAUACCUUUGCCAUGGACCACCCCUGCUCAAAGAAGGUGGCCUGAAGCUUUUAGACUGCAGAAUAGAAGAAUAUACUACCAGGCUGCUGUUGUCUUUCCAGCAUGGAUUUUGUGCUCCUGGUAUGCAGGUGUUGCAAGAUUAUCAACGUUUUAGGCGAGUUGCUAUUUGGAAUUGGACCUUCUCCUAACAGUGUCUCUGUUUGGACUAUACAUGGAAAUUGAACAGAUAAUCUUCAGCUUUAAAUCUUUUUAAAUUUGCGUUGUGGGUCCUGCUAAUGAAAUAUGUUUUUUAUUUGUCAAAAUCAUUAGGGUGUGUUGUAUGAGUGACAAUGCUUAUGCUGAAAAAAAAAUGGAAAAGAGGAGAUCCUUAGUUUGGGAUU